AUGACGUCAGCAGGGUUUAACGUGACCUCGUCCCUGACGCUGGUCGGUUUCUCCUCGCUGUCUGGCCACAGCUCGCUCUUAUUCUUCGUGUUUUUGUUGCUGUACCUCUUCGUGUUGUUCAGUGACUCUCUGGUGAUUUAUAUCAUCUGUUCGCAGCGAGCUCUUCACCGGCCCAUGUUUGCCUUCGUGGCAUCAUUUCUGCUGAACUCUCUCACAGCCAGCACACUGAUUUAUCCUAAACUUCUGUCUGAUCUGUUGCUGUCCGGCGCUGGCUUGGUGCAGGUGUCCCGGACUUUGUGUCUGUGCCAGGGUUUCUUUGUUAACUCUCUUGGUGCAUCUAGCUUCAUGCUGUUGUCGGCCAUGGCCUUUGACCGCUACCUGUCCAUCUGCCACCCGAUGCACUACGCUGUGCUGGUAACUCCUGCCAAGGUGGUGCUGAUGCUGCUUCUCUGCUGGAUGCUGCCUGCUAUUCUAGGGGGAGUCACAACGCUGCUGGCUAGCCGCUUACCGCUCUGCAGGGCGCAGCUCAACAGGGUCUACUGCGACUUCUACAGCAUUGUGAGCCUGAGUUGUGGUGGUGCUGCAGCGCAGCUGAGUGGACUAUACAGUGUGCUGUUCACAGUAGUUAUUGUCUUCCCGGCCGCCUUCAUUCUCUUCUCCUACGCUAGGAUCCUCUUCAUCUGCCUGCGGCGCUCACGUAGCUUCAGCAACAAAGCUCUACAAACCUGUCUUCCUCACCUGCUCGUCUUCUUUAACUUUACCAUCAACAUCUGCUUAGAUCUGAUGCUUCGCCGCCUGCAGAGCAACAGAGAAUCUGACUCCACCCUCAUCACCUCCAUGCUGAUUCUAGUACCUACUGUACUGAACCCUGUGGUGUACGGACUGAAGUUAAAGGAGGUGUUCACGCAUGUGAAGAGGCUGCUGAGCUGCCGCAGAGACAGCUGA